UUCCUAGGUCUUAGAAAAGAUGUCUGGACGUGGUAAAGGAGGCAAAGGGCUUGGCAAGGGCGGCGCCAAGCGCCACCGAAAGGUGCUGCGCGACAACAUCCAGGGCAUCACCAAACCCGCUAUCCGACGCCUGGCCCGCCGCGGUGGCGUCAAGCGCAUCUCAGGGCUCAUCUACGAGGAGACUCGUGGGGUGCUUAAGGUCUUCCUGGAGAACGUCAUCCGGGACGCCGUCACCUACACGGAACACGCCAAGCGCAAGACCGUCACGGCCAUGGACGUGGUCUACGCGCUCAAACGCCAGGGCCGCACCCUUUACGGCUUCGGCGGCUGAGCGCCUCACCACCCGAACCCCAAGGGCCCUUUUCAGGGCCC